GCCCCGGGUCCCAACUAGAUCCAAAGCUGCCCCCUCGGGAAACCUCACCCACGCAGACGACCAGACUACUGUUGCCGUGGAGACUCCUGGGCGUUCGGGUUGCCCCGGAGCUCGAUGCCCCCGCUCCCCUCCCGGCCUGGGUUCCAGAGGCUUCAGUCAAGUACAUCCUUCAUCGGCCCUGGACCUCUCUUGUCCCCUUCCCUUGACUACUCUUCCUCACAUCGGGCCAGGGUCCCUUUGCGAAGGUCUGCAGAUGCCCAAGUCUCCCCCACACACUUACAAGGAGACCUCUCACUUAGCAACUACAACCUGGCUCAUCUAAAGCAAAGCCGUUCAUUCCCUCGGUCAGGAUCAGUCCUUCCCCCUCCAACCCAGGGAAAGAUCCUCACCUAAGGACUUGCAACCGCCAAGCCUAAGCCCAGAGGCUCACCUGGUCUCAAUGCUGAGCAUGGUGCCUGAGUAAAGUGUGGGUUUUGGCUGUUGGUAAAAUAGUCAGUUCUGAAGCCUGUGGAACUUCCGGGUGGAAAUACCUCGCAUGGAGCAUCUGAAGCACAGGGCAUGAAGAAAUCUGAGUUAGACAUGUGGAGUUAGAAGUCAGAGAUGGAAGCAAAUGAGACCACAGAAGAUCCUCAGGCCACCACGGGUGCAAAGGAACGCUCUUCUUUAAAGAACCCCUCUGCUGAAGACUUACGGGAGCCCACUAGCCCUGACAGUCCCUUGGAGCUUUCCAGCUCACAGACAUCUUCACAGCCUCCUGCCACCGACACCCUUUUUCUGACAUCUCUUUCGCCGAAUCCCGAGACUGAGGUCUCUGAGGACCUCCAGGAGCCUUCUGUCUCUGGAAGUACUUUAAAGUCCCACAGCACCAGGCUUCCUUCCGAAUCGCCCCAGGGUUCCUCUGCAAGCCUUUUAAAUUCUCCCCAGUCUGUGACCUCUCUAGAAAAAGCUAUCACCGAGAUCCCAUUGGAGGACGCUACAGAUGAGAUUCAUUUCUCUAAGGUCCGAAACAAUCCUCUUCAGCUCUCACAAAAGGAUGUCCCUGCGUCUUCCCGUAGGCUUUAUUCUGAUGCAGGUCCACGGACCCAGGUCCCUGAAUCUGAGCAAUCUCCAAAGUACUCCUUUGCAGGACCUUCCACCCAGGACGACGUGGACACAUCUGCAAAGUGGGAGGAAACAGAGGAAGAUGAGCUGACAGUGGGUACUAGUGACGUCACUGCUCGUGCAGCCAAGCCUGAGCCUCAUGCGAGCAAGAAGAAGGAGAAAAGAGUUGGUUAUACAAGCCGCCCAGCGGUCCCUGCUAAGCGGGCAGAGCUGACGAAUGUGGCUAAGCCAGUGAACAGAGAACAAUUUGGUGCUGGGGUGAAAAAUCUUUUCCAAUGGGAAAAGGAUUCAGCCCUGAAGGCCAUCCAGACAGGUCUCUAUAUUGGCUGGCGCUGCCCCCACUACUUAUGGGACUGUUUCCGAAUUGGAGAUGAGUCCAAAUGCUUUUGUGGACAUUUGUUGAAAGAACACCAGAUCAUCUCAGAUCUGUCGGUGCCCUGCAGCGUGAGUCAGUGCAGGUGCCUCAUGUUCUGUUUCAUCCCGUCACGCCCAGAGGAGGUAGGUGAGUUCUGGCUUAAGAGACGGGCCACCUUCGAUCCCAAAGCCUGGAGAGCCCAAUGUCGCUGUAAACAUACUCACGAAGAACACGCGGCCACCGGAGCCCACCCCUGCAGGCACCGCGGCUGUUGCUGCAGCUGUUUUGAGUCCAAUUUCCUCUGUGCGGCCUGUGACCGGCGCUGGGAGGAACACGAGACUUUCUUCGAGAAUGAAGAGACCAGGCGAAGAGGAGGGAGACCUUAUGGAGCAGACUAUGUGCCUUUUGCAGAGAUGCCUGCCCUCCGAGAUGCCAUCCUCACCAAGUCUGACCUUGAGGCCCUCCAGGCGCAGGGUGUCUCUGGCCACCCCAGUUCUCACCCUAGAUCCCUUGCACCCCCUGGUCCAAGUAACCUCCAGCCUGGCCCUAAAUCUAACCCCCAUCCCUGACCCUUUCACCUCUGCUCUUCCCUCCUCCAGGGACAAACACUGUCAACAACUGGCGCAGGCCUUUUUGAGCCUGGCCAAGAUCAACAAUAAAGUGGAAGCCAAUAGAA